UCACCAGCGCUGAAGAGAGACUUGAAGAACUACAGCGACUUGAUCAGGGAUUGUCUCAAAAGGCUCAAGCGAAUCGAGCAUUAUCUACCGAUCAAUUUUAUAAGAAUGAGUUAACUAGAUUAGGAGUGGAGAACCCAGGCGAUAUAAGUCGAGCAAUCGACAAGUGCAUGGAUGAAAUUGUUCGUCUUGGUGCUAAAAUAGCCACCACAGCAAAUAUCAAUACUGCAGUAGCAACAGCUGCACCUUCACCGCUAGGAUCUGAGUCCGACCUCUCCAACGGUGACGUUUUGCGUACGGCAAACAGCAAAACUAGUGUGGACGAGUCUGCUACCACAACUACUCUAUGUUCUGUCAGUUCUCGAUUACAGGAGGAGAAGCGUCGCCGACAACGGAGAGCAGAAGACCUUCUAUCCUCAUUUGCUCUUCCUGCUGCAGUUCAAUCACAAAUGAUUGGUGCCACUAACCCUUCAGAAUUGCGAUUUUCAGAAGCCAAAUUAGCAAAAGUAAUCAUUUUUACUACAAGUGUGUUUUUUUAUCGAUAG